CUUGGCUCAAUCUCACAUCAAAAACCUCAUCAGUAAUACAACAUCUUUGGUUUCUUUUCCCUUUCUGCAUUGAACCCAUUUGGCAUUACAAGGAUCUAAUAUGGAUCGGGUGAACAAGAUGGUUUCAGAGAGACCAGUGGUGAUCUUCAGCAAGAGCUCUUGCUGCAUGAGCCACACCAUCAAGACCCUGUUCUGUGACUUUGGCGUGAAUCCAUUGGUUCAUGAGCUUGAUGAGAUACCAAGAGGCAGAGACAUUGAGCAAGCUCUUUCAAGGCUUGGUUGCAGUCCCUCUGUUCCUGCUGUGUUCAUCGGUGGUGAGCUUGUUGGUGGAGCCAAUGAAGUCAUGAGUCUUCACCUUGAUCGCUCCUUGAUUCCAAUGCUCAAAAAAGCUGGAGCUCUUUGGGUUUGAUCAACACUAUUAUACCAUUGAUCUUCACCCUAAUCUUCAUCACGCACACUCUAAUAAACAUCUUUUCGCUAUAUAUAUAUAUAUGAUCAUGCCAUUACAUAUAGGUAGGGAGAGGAUAUAUAUGUGUAAUGAAGAAACUAUAUAUCCAUGCAUAUGCAUAUGCUGUUAUUAUAUAGUAGUAUAGAGUUAUGUAUGUAAUAAUAAGGCUAACUUAACUCAUGCAGGUCUAGUUUAGCCUUUUUUUGAUGGCUUAGAGAUGAUGUAAUGUUAUCUUUUUGAUAUAUUUAUAUAUAUAUAUAUGGUUGUAAUAAUAA